AUGGAGUUCUUGAAUUGCAUACUCUUAUGUCUAUGCCUUGCCGGACUCUCAGUCCAAGCCUUCCGUUUAUUUGGAAAAAGAAGCAAACAAAUUCCUAGAGCCACGCUUCCACCAGGACCAAAUCCACUUCCAAUAAUCGGCAAUCUCCUCGAGCUUGGAGACAAACCCCAUCUCUCUUUGAACAAGCUUUCUCAACGCUACGGUCCCAUAAUCAGUUUGCAGCUCGGUCAAGUAACCACAGUAGUGGUUUCAUCAGCAUCUUUGGCCAAAGAAAUCCUCCGAACCCACGACCAUGUCUUCUGCAACCGAACUGUCCCUGAUGCUGUCACUUCCUAUAACCACUGCGAGUACAGCAUGGUGUGGCUGCCUGUUUCGGACAGAUGGAGAAACCUUCGCAAAAUAUGUACCUCGCAACUGUUCUCCCCCAAAGUUCUUGAUGCAAACCAAGCCAACCGAAGGGUAAAAGUGCAGGAGCUCAUUGCUGAUAUCUGCGAAAGCGAAAAGAAAGGUGUUGCAGUGAACAUCGGAACGGCUGCUUUCAAAACCACGCUCAAUCUAAUGUCCCGGACUAUUUUCUCCGUGGAUUUAGAUAAUCCGAGUAGCGAGACGGCUAGGGAGUUGAAGGAGACUACUUGGGGUAUCAUGGAAGAGAUAGGGAAACCAAACGUUGCGGACUAUUUUCAUUUUCUCAGGAAGCUUGACCCCCAAGGAAUAAGGCGACGGUUAACCAACCACUUCCACAAGACGAUAGUCCUCAUCGACGGGAUGAUCAAUCAAAGGUUGGAAUCCAGAAAAGUGCAAGAUUAUAUUUCGACUAAUGAUAUGUUGGAUACUCUUAUAAACAUGAGUGAAGAGAAGAAUGAGGAAAUGGACAAGAUCGAAGUUGAGAAUUUGUUUCUGGACUUGAUUAGUGCGGGGACAGAUACAACUUCAGCCACAAUGGAAUGGGCAAUGGCCGAGCUUCUCCACAGUCCAGAGAAACUUGUAAAAGCUCAAGCGGAGCUAGACCAAGUAAUUGGGAAAGGAAAACCAAUCGAGGAAUCGGACAUUGCUCGACUUCCUUACUUGCAAGCAGUAAUCAAAGAACAUUCCGGAUGCACCCAACAGUGCCAUUGCUACUUCCACGUAAAGCCGGUGCAGAAGCAGAAAUCGGAGGGUACAUUAUUCCUAAGGGUGCACAAGUUCUGA